AUGGUACGCAGCGCUGCGCCAGCGGCAACAAAAAGCGGUAAGAAGACUGGCGGCAAGACCCGCUCCGCCCUCCAGGACGUCGUUACCCGCGAAUACACCAUCCACCUCCACAAACGCGUUCAUGGCCGCUCAUUCAAGAAGCGCGCCCCUCAUGCCGUGAAGUCCGUCGUCGAGUUCGCGCAGAAGACCAUGGGCACUUCCGAUGUCCGUCUUGACCCCAAGCUCAACCAGGCGCUUUGGGCGCAGGGCAUCAAGAGCGUGCCUCACCGGAUCCGUGUCAAGCUUGAGCGGAAGCGAAAUGACGACGAAGGUGCCAAGGAGAAGCUCUUCACUUACGCAACACACGUUCCGGUGGUCUCCUACAAGGGUCUCCAAACCGUUGUCGUGGAGUAGAUGCUGUCCGUGCUCCGGGAAGAGGAGUAUCUGUCUUGUUCAUGUUCUGUAUCAUGCCCGCAUGCGUAUGCACCCAGGCUGCAAUCCAUCAUCCCAGCGCCGACCAAAACCGAAUCGACUGCAGCAGAUGACACCCUUGAUUUAUACCUCGG